AUGGAUUUAACAGAAAUGGAAUUGAAGGCAAAUUUUAGAAAUCUCCAAAAUCUAAAAGGGUUUCUGAAAAUCAGAAAUUCGUCAUUGACGAAUUUGGAGUUUUUUGAAUCCCUGGAAACUUCUGAAUGUGGGGAUGACGGAUUCGUCAUUGCAAAUAAUCCAGAACUGAUCGGUAUAAAGUUUUUGAAAUUUUUCCGUACCGACGAAAAAUGUAUCUGGCAUAUUACUAAUAAUCCAAAACUGGAUAUUUCUAAAUGCAGGGAUUUGCCAGUUUCGAGUGAUUUCGAAAGCUUUGGAAAUCUUCGAGAUUGUGAAUGCUACAAUCUUCGAAUCUCUCCGGAAUCUUUGCCUUAUUAUACCAACUGUGAAACAAUAUCUGGCGGUUAUCAGGGAGUGUUGGAAAUCAGAAACCUGUCUGAUUCAAUGGAUCUUUCCAAGUUUUCCAGUCUCAAAGAAGUUUUGGGAAGAAUCGAAAUUUCUGGAACCCAACUGACUAAUCUUUCGUUUAUGGGAAACUUGGAAAAUUUAAUUGUCGAUAUUAACCAGAAUUAUGGUCACCUUAGUAUCCAUAAUAAUCCGAAUUUGAAAUUUUUGGGAUGGAAUUCUUUGAAAAACAUAACUCCAAUAGCCCAACGAUUUGAUUUGAUCAUCACCAACAACCACCCAGAAUUCUGCCUGAGCACUCAAGAAGCUCAAAUGUUUGCCGAAAUUUCUGCAAUGUUUUUCAAUGAAGAUAAAAUAUUGCUAUGUCCAGAAUUAUCGAGAACAGACGGAGUCAAAGUUUGCAAGAUUGAAAAUCUGGAAGAAGAUUGUCAUCAUGUUGUUGGAGAUGUUAUAAUUGAUCAAAACAAUGAAAUGGAUGUUAGGAAGUUUAAAAAUGUGACUCAUAUCUAUGGAAAUCUUGUUGUACGGGACACAAAGGAUCAAAUCGAACAAUCUGUAUUCCUUUUUCUGGAUUUCAAUGUUGACAAUGCUCUACUAAGAAAUAUCAUUUUUCCAGAUGACAAUCAAAUCAUCAGAAUCAUUUCGAACAAAAAACUAGCAAUUGUAGAGUUCCCAAACAUGAAGGUCCCCCCAUUUCCAUACUUACGUGAUGUUAGUUUUCUUGAAAUCCGAGAUAAUUCUCAAGAAAUAUUCAAAAUACAAAGAGAUUGUUUGCUGAUUCAAGCAAAGACAAAAACCCCAAUCAAGUAUAAUGGAAUGGGUUGUUCAAAAUUACCAGGAAAAAAGCGGAAAAGCUAUGGUGCCAUUUAUGAUUACUACGAUGAGGAUUCAUCAAACGUUCAUUUUGGAUUCACUUCCAUUUUAUUGCCAGUAGUCAUUUUUCAUAUGUGA